AUGGCAAAACUGUGCAAUCUCUUGGUUAUAGUCUCUCUAAUGGCAGUCCUAAAAUGGGCUCAAGCAGAGCAAAGUUGGGCCAACAGAGUUGUGGGAGAGAAGGAGACGAUGACCAACCUCCAGUUCUAUUUUCACGACACAGUCAGUGGCAAGAACCCAAGUGCCAUAGUGGUGGUUCAACCCAAUUCCACAAAACAAACCCUUAAAGCUACAGGCUUCGGUACGAUAGUAAUGGCAGAUGAUCCUUUGACUGUAAGGCCGGACCCGAAUUCAAAGCUGGUGGGCCGGGCCCAGGGGCUUUAUGGGUCUGCCGGACAGACUAUUAUCUCUCUCAUAAUGGACAUGAGCUUGAUCUUCACAGACGGCUGCUAUAACGGAAGCUCCCUUAGUAUAUCUGGCAUCAAUCGGGCUUUGAACCCUGUUCGAGAGAUUCCCAUCGUGGGUGGGACCGGGAUUUUCAGAAUGGCACGUGGUUUUGCGAUUGCGAGCACGUAUUCCUUCAAUGUUACGAGUGGUGAUGCUAUCGUUGGGUAUAAUGUUACUGUUUUUAAUAAUUAAGGGUCUGUUUGAUUUGUUUUCUAGGAGUAUUUUUUAUAUUUUUAUUUCAUGUUUCUGUUUUCUAUUUUAGAAAACAAAACAGA